AGAGUAUCUUUCAAUCCGAGUUUGGUUUGUUUCAUACAGUCAUCAUGGUCAUGUACAAAUGUCAAUGACAUGAUGUACUACGGUCUUGUUAUUCCUGCGAGAGAGACUGCAGUCUGCACUGGUAGAUCUCUAGACUCUACAUAAUAGUCUGCACUGGUAGAUCUGUAGAUCUGUAGACUCUACAUAGGCCACAGGGUCAUGCAUGUAGUCGCUGUUUCCUUGCAAUAAAGUCAGUACUCUCAUCCUAGCUCUGGGCGUCAUCAAGGUCCUAUUGGCUAUUGACGUAUGUAGUGGAAUCAUGAGAUGCUUCAUUCCCGACCCAAGUCCUCACCACUCACCAAGACUGGACCAAUUUGACUGACUAGUUUCUGUGCUGAACAUCUCCCUCCAGCUAUAUCGCACAGGAGGUGGUGGAGAUCAGUCUUGCUGAAGAGAAUACACCAACACAGCAUGUUUGCUUCAAAGUUACGUGGCAAUCUCAAGAGUGUCGGUUACUUUGUUCAGCAUGGCUAUGGUGUGAGCACAGUAGCCUCGUCACAACUCAAUGUUCCUGGCAAGUUGAUAUCCACUCCGGCAUCACCACACUCCAUUCCAGGUGUGAGGUAUCAGUCAAUUCGGCCUGGCAAUCAUGGCACUAGUGUACAAGAUGCCCUUAACGCUAGUGAUUCAAUCUACGAUAGAAUUAACAAGACACGUACAUUUCAAGCUAUUGAUUUGGAAUCUCAAUGUGCUCUGAUUCAACGACAUGUAACUGAACUACGAAGUCCAAGUUUCGUUAGGAAUAUCCUACAUGCUUGUGCUCUGAUCACGGAGGAGAACUCUGACGUGACCAAGCUGGCAGUAUCUGCACUGCAUCAACUAGCCAGUCUGCGUACUGACCUCUGGCAAGACUACAAGAAUCAAGAGCGCCUGAGAUGGGCAUUGCACUGGGCAGCAAAGUGUCGCUGUACAAGUCCAGUGUUCAGGAAGCUACUUCAGCAGCAGCUUGAUGUCCUGUGCCUUGAUCAAUGCAGAGGUGUUGACCAUUGUGCCCAUGCACUGUUCAUGUUGAAUUCACCAGACCGUUGCCUGGCGCAAAACUUGCUGAAUCGCUAUUUGACCAUACACAGUACAGGUGAUCCAAAGUAUCGUCAUACUCAAGUACUCUCACUACUUCUCUACUGUACACUGUGUGGUGUAGAGUGCAGUGCCUUGCUGAAGCUGAUCAGUGUUGAUCAACUGAUACAGAAAUGCGAUGGCACACACCUACAACUGCUACUUUUGCACAACACUCUCCCGGUUACUGCUAAUCAACGACAACAGAUAAUUGACAAGUGUUCAGUGAGGUUCCAGGAUAAUGUACCAAGUCCGCACACAGGUCGAAUGUAUGAUAUGCUGUCAUACUUCAUUGGCCUAAAGUACACCACUGGCAUGUCACAGGUUGAUGGUGUGGACGUUAAUGCAUUGUGCAUAUACAACCAAGACCAUGAACCAGUGGAGACUGGCGCGUAUCCAGCUAAUGUAUACAAUGGUGUAUCAGUAGAUAUGACUGCAGCUAAGCGUCAUGGUUUCAGUGUUGUGGCCUGCCUGGGUGUGAAGGAUACACAACUACUACGUCAUCCAGUUCAUGUUCCCAUUGGUUAUCAUGUUCUGCAAGCAUCGGCACUGAAGUGGCAAGGAUGCUACUGCAUUCCGAUGAUCCUUGAGCACGGGGCAGCAAAGACCCAGAAAAGCAGCCAAUUUGUUCCUGAUCUUAUGAUCAAUUAUCCCGAUCACAUUCCAGUAUUCAAACAUCUACUAGCACCCAAGCAGUGAUGGUCACUGGCAGUCAUGUCUUACUCCUACUUUAUGGCGUCUCUGUACAGUCUGGAAGUCGCCAGCAAGCGCGUCAUUGUUGCAGCGUCAGCCGUCUUGAGCUUGAGCAAGGGCAAUGGUCGACAAAGCUGUAUUCAGACUCUCUCUCUCUCUCUCUCUCUCUCUCUCUCACACACACACACACACACACACGCACACACACACACACACACACACACACACACACACACACACACACACACACACACACACACACACACACACACACACACACACACUCAUCAGCCACUCUCUGCUCUGAUCUGAGGGCGGCACUGUGCCUCGCAAAUGUCAACCGGAGCUUGCGUGGAAUGCAGCGUGGCUCGCGUGUGUUCCUGUCAGCUUUACAUCUGCUUGUCUCAUCGUUUUGUCUUUCACCAAAAUUAAUGCCCUUGCCCAUCGUCGCACCAGCUCCAGCUAUUGUUCCGAUACCACGACUCGUGAUGUAUGUUACUGUUACCGGUGCAUCCAGCACUCCAAGCCUGCCGUCUUUGAGUGAGCAGCACUGGUGCCAAGCAGCUCUGGUGCGUGCUAACGCCUAAGGGUAUACCUGCAAGUCAGAGCACUGCCGGUCAAGACUCUGCUUGCUUUGCCCGUGCACAGCGUGUGCCAUCGAUCAGAAGACCCUCUGGAAUGAAGGCUUCCGGACGGUUUCAAAAUAGGGCCGCUCUUGGCUAGGAUCCCUGUUCACAAGUGGCAUGGUCACAGGAAAAUGAAAAAUGAAGGUAUCGGUGCAAUAAAAGCCGCUCUUGAAUCGAAGACUGAUUCCUGCAUAAUAGAGUGAGUACUCUAGUGUGUGUGGUAUACACCAGAAACGCUCUGAACUUCUACUUGUCUUGGCCUGUUCGUGGCCUGAAUGUAUGUAUGAAGCAGGUAUCUGCACCGUGCUUUUCCACGGUGUCUCGCACUUGAAUUCAUUUUUUACCCCUUUUGGCAGGCUGUUGCUGGAUAAUGUAUUAAUAAUUACGUAUGCGUGCACAUGCAUGCUCGAUAGCCAUGCUAGUUCCUAACUUUUACAUGAGUGUACAUGACAUUGUACACUCUAGCUGCUUGCUUAGUCAAGCAUGCGCUGUACACGCUAUGGCAUGUACAUGUACUGAACUUCUUUCAUGCAUUUGAGUGUCUAGUAUUGCAUUGCAAUAGGCCUCCGCAUUGCUUUUCUUUCAUAUCUUCGUGUGCAUGUAUAUGUAUAUGGACCGUUGCUCUGCUGUUG